UCCAAUUAGGCUAUGUGUAGAGGCACUUUCAGCAUUUAGCAAUAUGGCAUUAUCAAACCCAAAAGAUUUUAGCAGCUCUCCUUUAAUGGUUAGUGUUCAAGAGCUCGUCAAAGGGCCAAUAAUCACUAUCCCACAACAAUAUGUUCGUUUAGUUCAAGAACCCCUUUCCCUCUCUUUCACUGCUCCUUCGCCACCAAUCCCAACCAUUGACAUGGCUCGUUUGGUUUCUGGAGAUGAUGACAAUGACCUUGAACUCGAGAAAUUGCACUCAACUUGCAAAGACUGGGGUAUCUUCCAGUUGGUGAACCAUGGAGUUAGCUCUUCACUGUUGGACAAACUGAAACAUGAGGUGGAAGAAUUUUAUAGGCUUCCCUUGGAAGAAAAAAUGAAAUACAAGAUCAGGGCAGGAGAUUGGGAAGGGUAUGGAUGCAGGAGCAGAGAAGGGGGAAAACUGGACUGGGUUGACAGUUUGAAUAUAAUUACUAACCCUGUCCAUAGACGCAGGCCUCAUCUCUUCCCAGAGCUCCCUUCAUCCCUAAGAAACACCUUGGAGUCUUACUUAUCGGAACUCCAAAAGAUUGCCGCAAAACUUCUUGGUUCAAUGGCAAAAGCUUUGGGAAUUGAUGUAGAGGAGAUGAUGGAGUUUUUUGAUGAUGGGAUACAAGCAGUUAGAUUGGCAUAUUAUCCACCCUGUCCAAAACCAGAGCUGGUGAUGGGCCUUUUUCCUCACUCAGAUAUAACCCUUAUCAACAUCUUGCACCAAGUUAAUGGAGUGGAUGGCCUUCAGAUUAAGAAAGAUGGACUUUGGUUUCCUCUCAGCAUCAACCCUGAUGCCUUUAUAGUGAAUGUAGGAGACAUUUUGCAGAUAUUUAGCAACGGGGUUUAUCACAGCAUUGAGCACAAGGUUUCUACGAAUGCAGAGAAGGAAAGAAUCUCCAUUACCUUCUCCAUCAAUCCCAAAAAUGGGGCUGACGUUGGGCCUGCACCUAGUCUGAUAAAUCCAGAUAACCCUCCAUUAUUUAGAAAGGUGGGGGUGGAGCAAUACUUCAAAGAUUACUCUUCUCGUAAGCCCAGUGGAAAAGCAUAUCUGGACCAUAUGAGGAUUCAAAAUGGACAAGACAACUCAGCUUGAUAUUCAAAACUCCUUGCUUACGUACAUAUGUUUACAUGCUGAUACGGUUGUGGUUUGGUAAUAAGAUUUGGCAUUGCAAUUGGAGCUGCAUCUGAUGACAAUUGCAAAACCAAACAUCAUAGAAAUAGCAAUAAAAAAAUCUCAAUUGCGGUGAGUUUGUUCUCAAUCGCAAUUGCAGCUUUGUGUAGUGUGGAUAUAAAUGUAGCUUGUUUGUAUCUAAGAUGAGAGCUUAGCUGCCUAUGUAAGGUUUCUACCAGAAAAAUAAGUUGGGUCUCGAUUAUUAAUGGCUUGUUUGAUCAUGUCUUGCACUGUACUUUGUAUUAAACUUUUUUGAAAUCAAUCGAAAGAGUGAGUUUUAGUCUUAAAA